GAAGGGUUUCUACGAUCAGUGCUGAAUGAGUGGUUUGGUAGCCGCUGCAGCAGGAGGAAGGACCGCGGUUCUACCCCCUUGUAUCUUUCAGUUUCGCCUUAAAAUUAGAUCGGCAACCUUUUCUUAGAGUGAUCAGUAAUAUCCAUAUUGAAUAAAGGUGUUGGUUGAUAUAUAGUACGAAGUAUUGCCCCUCGGAUAUAGCUAUCAACUGAAAUUUCAAUCGAAUAUAACACGUUUUCGGUGACAGCAGCGCUACUAGCACAACAAUGGCUCUGAAAAGAAUUCACAAGGAGUUGAAUGACUUGGCACGGGACCCUCCAGCCCAGUGUUCCGCAGGACCAGUAGGGGAUGACAUGUUUCACUGGCAAGCCACAAUAAUGGGGCCGAAUGACAGUCCAUACCAGGGUGGGGUAUUUUUCCUGACGAUUCACUUUCCCACAGACUACCCCUUCAAACCGCCAAAGGUCGCGUUUACCACAAGAAUCUACCACCCAAAUAUCAACAGCAACGGCAGCAUCUGCCUCGACAUCCUGCGAUCACAGUGGUCUCCUGCUCUCACCAUCUCCAAAGUUCUCCUGUCUAUCUGCUCUCUGCUGUGCGACCCAAACCCGGAUGACCCCUUAGUACCUGAGAUCGCCCGCAUUUACAAGACGGACAGGGAAAAGUACAACAGAAUAGCUCGAGAAUGGACACAAAAGUAUGCAAUGUAGUGUUGGGGCAGAGUCAUCGCAAACCACCUCAACAUGUAAGGUUAGGGGAAGCUUCGGAAGAAAAGAAAAAAUAACAACGAAAACGAAAGAUCUUUGUUGGUUUCCAUUGGAGUGCUUACUUUGAGCCACCCCUCCCCUUUACCAGAGCACCGAUUAAAUUCCCUACUUUCUCCCUUCCUCCUCCCCUGAACCAGGCUGCCAUGGUGUACAUAUUCUCAAACUGCAAACAUAGCCCUCUCUCCUCUUCCUCCUCCCAUCCACUCUCCUCCUUCUCCUGCUCUCGACCACUUUGUAGGGUGGUAGGCUCCUCCCCCUCCUCACAUGGGCCUGCCUACCUGCAUCCUCACUCACUCUAAGUGUUUAUGACUCUAAAAGCAUUCCUUAUCAUUUGUUAGACAUGGGGACCGUAUUUUUCUUUUGUCUGGGAGGGAGGGUGGGAAAUGGGGUUGGGGUGGCACCGGGUGGGUGGGCAUGGGGACCUGACUGGGGGUUUGUACACUCACCACCCCCUCAUCCCUGUCUCUGUUUGGUUUUUGGAGGUGUUCAGGUGAUUUCAGGAAGGCCACCUCACAUUGUGUCGAGGGCACUUUUGUACAAGGAAUUCUUUUAAAAUCAUAGCAGGUUAUAAAUGAAAGAUGCAUUAAAAAAAUUAAAAUAAAUGGUAUGGCCUUUUGGUGUGCUCUCAGAUUCUAUGAAAGGACAUGAAGUGAUCCUCUCAUCCCCUCUAUUGUCGCCACAUUACUCUCUGGUGUGAGAGAUCGCACACACACACACACAAUGCCCUUUUUUUCACCACCAACACCACCUUUGUUACAAACGGGAGGUUCUGGACCAGGUAUUUAAGUAAACAUUCUUAGUUGAACCUGUGUUUCAUUAUGUUUUCCCUAUAACUCUAGUUUUUUUUGUUUUCUUAAUUUUUUUAUUUGAUUUUUUUGCUAUUGUUGAAUUAGAGGCUAACAUCUGCAAGGCUGUGGGACUGGCUUGGGCUCUGGGUGCGAGGGACACAUGCUCCUCACACAAACUCUGUAUAUUGAAUUACCCGAGAGGCUCGUUGAGCUUUGUGUGUUGAUUAAACUGUGUAAUAAAAACCAUGACCCCAGCGUCCACA